UGCCUGCUGAGGCUGCACCAGUGGCCUCCACAGGAGCACAGGAGACCGAAGCGGCCCCGGCCAAAGAGAACCUAGUGGACAUGGAGGCCGAGGAGAGAGUGGUCCCCGCCUCGCCGGGCCAGAAGUCCUGGCUGGUGCGGCAUUUCUCGCUGUUGCUGAGGCGGGACCGGCAGGCCCAGAAGGCCGGGCAGCUCUUCUCGGGGCUGCUGGCCCUCAACCUGGUGUUCCUGGGCGGCGCCUUCAUCUGCAGCAUGAUCUUCAACAACGUGGCCGUCACGCUGGGUGACGUGUGGAUCCUGCUGGCCGUGCUGAAGGCGCUGUCCCUGCUCUGGCUCCUCUGCUACGUGGCCGGCACCACCCGCCGGCCGCACGCCGUGCUCUACCGGGACCCUCACGCGGGACCCGUGUGGGUGCGGGGCUCCCUGCUGCUCUUUGGCAACUGCACCAUCUGCCUCAACGUCUUCCGCGUGGGCUACGACGUGAGCCACAUCCACUGCAAGUCGCAGCUGGAGCUCCUCUUCCCUGCCCUGGAGAUCAUCUUCACGGGCCUCCAGACCUGGGUCCUCUGGAAACACUGUAAAGACUGUAUUCAGGUCCAGACCAACUUCACUAGGUGUGGCCUGAUGCUGACCCUGGCCACAAACCUGCUGAUGUGGGUCUUGGCCGUCACCAAUGACUCCUUGCACCGUGAGAUCGAGGCGGAGCUCAAUGCCCUCAUGGAAAAGUUCUCAGGCAACGACACCAACACCUGCCUGUGCCUCAACGCCACGGUGUGCGAGGUCUUCCGGAAAGGCUACCUGAUGCUCUACCCCUUCAGCACCGAGUACUGCCUCAUCUGCUGCGCUGUGCUCUUCGUCAUGUGGAAGAACGUGGGCCGCCGCCUGGCUCCCCACGCGAGCGCCCACCCAGGCGCCCCGUCCUUCCACCUGCACGGGGCCAUCUUUGGGCCGCUGCUGGGCCUGCUGGCCCUGGUGGCCGGCGUGUGCGUCUUCGUGAUCUUCCAGAUUGAAGCAAGCGGCCCCUCCAUCGCCCGCCAGUACUUCACCCUCUACUACGCCUUCUACGCAGCCGUGCUCCCCAGCAUGAGCCUGGCCUGCCUGGCGGGCACGGCCAUCCACGGGCUGGAGGAGCGAGAGCUGGACACGCUCAAGAAUCCCACCCGCAGCGUGGACGUGGUGCUGCUCAUGGGAGCCGCCCUGGGCCAGAUGGGCAUCUCCUACUUCUCCAUCGUGGCCAUCGUGGCCACGCGCCCCCACGAGCUGCUCAACCGCCUCAUCCUGGCCUACUCGAUCCUGCUCAUCCUGGAGCACAUCGCCCAGAACCUCUUCAUCAUCGAGGGCCUGCACCGGCGCCCGCUCUGGGAGGCGGCCCCCGGGGGCCUGGCGGAGAAGCCGGAGGCCGAGCCCCACCGCAGGGGCUCCCUGCUGGAGCUGGGCCAGGACCUGCGGAGGGCCUCGCGGGCCUACAUCCACUCCUACAGCCACCUCAACUGGAAGCGGCGGGCGCUCAAGGAGAUCUCACUCUUCCUCAUCCUCUGCAAUAUCACAGUGAGUGGUACCCGGGAGGCCUCGGGGAGGAGCUGGCCCAGAGAUCCCCAUUCAGGAAGGGCUGGUUCAAGGCGCACUCAUUGCACACUGACUGUCCCAAGGGUGAUUGGCUUAUCUAUCCCUUUGAUUGUCAAGGACACAUGCCGCUUUCCAACCAGCUCUAUGACACGUGAGAGCAGAGAGUGGCCCCCAGCUCCCUGCAGGGUCCUUGGCACGAACGAGCGUGCCACGGGCACAGCCAAGUGCACUUCAUACAGCUCCCUGUCCAGCUGGGGAGACACCAGGGGAACAAUUAGGGAACUGCCAAAUAAUGAACUCUCCGCUGAAUUCAGUCCAAGGAAGAGAGCAGAAAGUGCCUGGUUCUCUAGAGAGCUCCUGGUAGGUGUUGAGGAUGGUUGCUCCGUCCCAUGUCCCCAUCCCCAGGCAAUAGCUCAGCAUCUCGUGGGUCGUCACAGUCGCCAUGCAGCAGGCACCACUGCCAUCCUGGUUCACAGACGAGGAACCUGAGGCUUGGGUCGUUAGGUCCUGCUGCCUAAGUGGCAGUGCUGGGCCACUCAGGGCUGUUUGAGCUCCUGUUGGUAAGGACAACGCUGGAAACACACCUCCGGGGCUGAAACCCCUGGUCCAGGCAGACAAUAGGCCUGACUGGGGCCUACAGAGCAGUCGGGCCUCCAGGCAGGACGUGUGGGCCCGAGUGGCCGAGGAGGCUUCCUGGAAGUCUGACCUGGGCCUUGAGAAAUGGGUCAGAGGCAGAGCCAGGGUCGAGGGGCAGAGACCAGCUGAAGAAUGAAGCAGGAGAAGAAGGUGGUUGGGAUCAAGGCACAGGGGUACCAGCUGGGCAGAGCAGGUUGUACCACGGGGGGUGGCACCGGGGGUCUCGUGACCCAUCGGAGUUCGGCUGAGGUGUGGGUGAGAGGGGUCAGGAGGGACAGGGCUGCUCUGAAGGCCAAGGAUGAGGAGGUGCUGCAGGAGCUGUGGCGCCGGGCCUGCCUCCCCUGAGCCCAGUGCCUCCUCCCCUCCCCUCC